CUUUAGGUCAACAUGUCAUCAAUAUUACUAAGCUGUGAUUUUCAUUAAUGGGCCUUAUCUACUGAGCCAUCAUUGGGUAUUUUUAACAGCACUAAUGGGCCCUUGUAGCUGUUUCCUAAACAUACCGUUAACUUCCUUCGCUCGCCGAACAUUGUCUCUGUCAUUGAGUAGCGAUCAAAGAGGCAUUUCGUCGAACACUUGGCGAGCAUAGAGCGCGAUGAUGAAAGGAAGCAAGGCGAAUCUCUCUGCCUUAGCGGAGAAAUGCAAAACUGUAAUCGUUUCGAACUGGCAAGGGUACCUAAAUACCGUCAAACCUGAAGAUAAAGCUAGUAUAAUACAUACUUCAAAGAUUAAGUAUGUGAUGAGAAGAGGAAAGCCAUAUCUCUGGGUACCAGAAAGUGAACCACACAAUGUCGUAAGCUUGCGUUCUUCUUUUUGUUACUUAGUUUUGAAUGAACAUAAUGUUUGAUGAACGUGGAUCCUUUUCUAUUGCCCAUCCGUAUCCUGGUCCCCUUGCAGCUUUAUUCAAGUCUAUAGGAAAGCUUCCAGAAAGGGUUGCUUUUACUGGAGAGAUUGUUCCUGUUAAAGAGAAAAGGGUUGAUGCGGUGAAGAAAUAUGUCGAGGAAGCUAUACAGUCAGAGAUGAAAGCGAUUAGCGAUACCCCAAAUUCUGUCCGUAGUAUUUUGAAUUCUUCCGAUCAGAUGUAUGCCUCCCGGUGUGACAGUCUUAGAGCCCUGAUCAAUGAUGCAAAGGAAAAAUACGUUAUCUAUAAGUUCGUUCCAAGCUCAUGUAUGUUUAUUGACCCAAAUGGUACGAAAGAAAUAGACUUGAAGGUUUUGGAACUGUCAAAACCAGAUCCAUUAGGGACUUGGUCGACAAAACUUGUGGAUGGAAUCAAUAAGAACGAAUCAAGAAGACGAGCUUUGAUUCUUUUCUGUUUAUAUUUUCUUGAUAUAAACGCAAGGGAUGCUUAUAUGGUAUCAGUGGAUAGGAAAGGUUUCCACUUGUUGGGGAAGGUACCGAGUGAACAAGAAGCUGGAGAUGAGUAUCAGUGGAGAGAGUUUAGGUUUGAGUUUGAAGAAGAGGUGAAAGACGUUGAAGCUUUUUGCCACCAACUUGUGGAAAUGGAACAAGAGGUUGUAAGCAAGUUUACUGACCAUACCGGUUUGUGAUUUCCAUUCUUUUCUUAUAAAUCACAAGCCGGGCUGGUUUACAUUUCAGUUAAAUUGUUAUUUAGGCAAAGAGCAAGAGUGAUUAAUGAUACUAAUACAGUAUGUGUAAUAUUUGUUCGCAACGGUUCGGUACGGUUUAGU